CGAAACAGUAAUAAUGGAUUCAUUUCAUGGCUAUAAAUCUGCAAAUCCAACUACUGUUUAGGGUUUCCACGUUCUUCCAUUUCGUAAUCCCUCUGCUUCAAUCGAUCUCCUCCGCACGUUUAUCAUUGGUAUCGUGGUUGAAAUUGUAAGCCUCGAGCUGAAAUGAUUUGAUUACCUGUUGCCGUUGAUCUUGAUCUCAUUCAAUCUGUUAUGUAUGUGCGUUUGUGAGAGAAAGAGAUUUUGGGAUUUCUUUUGUUAUGGAUUCCGAAACUGAAUGUUCGGUUGUCCACUCCGGGCAAGACGAUCAUCAGGUCGUGUCACCGGAUGAUGAGACACGACCUGAUGAUCAUAAUAAUGAGAUUAGGAAUAAUGGGAACGGGUCUUGUACUGACCAGACCCAUGAUUUGGCAAUCCCUGAAAAUUUAGCGGAUGUACAGACCCGACAAACACAGCCAUCCGAAGUGGAAUCCAAAUCGCCUCCUGGUGAGAUUUCAUCUCCACCCACUAGAGGCUUUGGAUUGAAGAAAUGGAGGAGAAUUAGGAGAGAUGGGGUCAAGGAUAGUCCUUCCCCUACUGUUGAUUCAAGUAAAAUCUUGAAGAGGUUAUUGACUGGUAAUGACAACUCAAGCAAACAUCAGCAUGAGAUGAAGGUUAGUAGUGAGGGUUCUGUUGGAUCUGUAAAUGUGUUAAAGAAUGCUGGCGCCGGGGCUGUUGAUGGUUUUGCAUUUCGCAGCGUGGAUUCCGAUUCUAGGAAUGCAGUUGGGUCUGUUUUUGUAGCUGGUACGGAUUCAGAGAAUAGUGAGGAUCGUAGUAGCAAGUCUUCCACAGCUGCCAGUGCUCCUAAGGCCAAGUUUGACCAGCCUGCGGUAUUGGGACAGGGAAGAGAGAAGAAUAAGGUUAAGGGUAUGAGUGCUAAGACUUUGGGUAAUUCUUCUCAAAGGAUUCCUCAAGGAAAGGCUAAGAUUGAAAGUAGUAAAAAGGCUAGAGGAGAAAGGGUCAGGUUUGAGAAGGAAAAUUCUCAUUCCAGCAUCGAAUCUGAUUCUAGAAGCUCCAACUUUUGCUUUACACAGGGUUCCAAUGUGAGUAGUAAUGGAAAGCAGAUUGGAAGGUCAGUGAGUUAUGAUGGGGAAAAUAGUGAGGAUGCUCAUGCAAACGAACAACAAUUCAGCGAGGAUGUUCAAACAAGUUUUAGCAAAAAGAAUGUGGGCGAAGUUGAGGAUUUACAAGAUGAUUCGGCAGCCGAGAAUUCUUGGGGGGUUAAGGAAGGAAAAAGUGGGAACAACAUGUUCUCAACAGGCCGGGAUCCACUGGUUGAAUCCAUGCUUAGUCUGCAGUCUGUACAAGAAGCACUUGAAAAAGAAGUAAAGAAAUUAGCAGAGAUUAGGAAGGAGCCUAUAUUGGCUGACAGUUUGAUGGAGGGCGGUAGUGUGCAUUCUGACUCUGCUAGUCCAGGAAUUCAAGAACCUUACCUAUCUAACCAGUUAAACUCCGAAAAAUCUACACAAAUGGAUGUUGUCUCCUUGCAGGCGAAGGUUUUGAGCUUGGAACAAAAUGUGAAAGUUCUGGAAAGCAAACUAGACGAGUCCAAGAAUUUACUCGUAUCGAAAGAAACCAAGGUUGCCGAACUCAAAGCCACCAUUAACAGCACCAAGUUUCUGAAGGAAGAAUCAGGUAGCACAAUAGAUUUACAGGACAAAAGUUAUAGGCAGAUAGAAAAUGAGCUGGAGGGCCUGUUUAAGCAAAGGAUCGAAGCUGAAAUCGAGUUUUUAUUGAUUUCAAUGGCAACACAGAAUUUAAAGGUCAUUGCAGAAAAGCAAACGACACUCUUUGAAGAACAAGAAACCACGGCAGAGGAACAAGCCCAGAUGCUAAACAAGCUCGGAAAUGCAGAAAUAAAAGCUGCAAAGCUAGAGAAACAAGCACAUGAAUUAGAAAAACAUUGGGGUGAUAUUUUUGAGAGUGAAGAGGUUUUAGUUACUCGGAGGAAAGUACAUAAGGUUACAUGGUGUGUUUGUACUCAGUCGAUACUGCUCAUCUUAGUACUUUGGUGUUUCGUUUUGCAGUUAACGCCUCUUCCUGAGGCGGUUGUGCCCACCUAAGUGUGGAACUAGUAGGGAGCAGGCUUAAAUUUUUGUUUUUGUUGUGUUUAUUUUUUUGUGUUUCCAACAUUUGUGGGGGGUAAUAUUUGGACUGGAUGGGGAUGGUGGGGUAGAUUGUAGCAGUAAAGUUUUGUUGAAAAUGUUUCUGUAAUUCAUUUGUUGUUGUUGUUGUUGUUGAUAGACAUCAGAGCUUCUCAAAAUCAUUGUCCAGCAGAAGUAUUUGAUAGAGUAAAGAGUUGCUCAGCAGUGAAAGUGGAAGUGCUUCUCAUAUUUGUAGUAAAUGUAGCUCAUAGGAGAGAGAAAGUGAGAGAGAAAGAGAGAGAGAGAGAGAGAGAGAUGUCAGAUGUCAGAUGUCAGAUGGAAUGUUUUGCUUUUCAAAACUGGUUCAACUUUAUCAAUAAUCUACUGUGGCUGUGGCACACCAAAACCUAUUGUAUUCCCCACCAGGUCAAAAAAAAUUGUAUGUAAAAAAGCAUAUGGAAAAAAGAAGCAAGGCUAUUUAUGUUGACAGUGAUUGUUCAUAAAUUGUCAAAUUUUUGCAUAUUUGAUUUUUGUUAUAAAUAAAGCUACUUUACUACUUGUA